CUCAAUGCUACCUUAUUUAACAAGCCUCCCCAGAAAAGCUUGUACUGAAGAUCUCAGCAGCAGAUUCUGUAACAACUCGUUCCACUAGUAAACAUGAGUAUUCAACUGAAGCUUGCAGUGCUCCUACUGGCUUGUUUAGGCUGUGCAAUUGCACAAGAAACAACUACUGGUUUUCAGACAAGUGGUGGAGGUUGUAGAUGCGAGUACAUAGAGCAACCACCCAACGAACUCCAGUGUAACCCCUACCGAAACGCAGAGUUGAGACUUGAAUGCACCAUUCUCUUCCCCUCGUCUCAAACUAACAAAGAGGUGGUCUGGUUUCGUAGCCAACUGCAGACCCAAAACCCAGAAAUAACUGAAACUCACUCGAAUUUGGAUGUUUGGUCUAUGAACAGACUGGACCUCUCACAUCCGAAUAUUCAGAUACGAGAACAAAGACAGGCUUCAACUACAACUCAGAGCACUUGGGUUCGAUCACAGCUUGUUAUAACCGAUUUAAAUGAUAGCGAUGUAGGCAACUACUGGUGCAAGAUUAAGGAUGAAAAUGAAAAUGAAGGGUUUAUCCCCAGUGACUCUGUGUAUCUGCAACCAGCGAAUGCUUACAGCAACUUUGGCGAGUGUAGUGACCAGUCUGCACAGUCGAAAGAGGAGAGGAAAUGUGCCGACUGGGACACGACUGGCAGUACUGAUCCGAUCCCAACACAGUACACUAGAACUGAAUCAUCUCAGCCCAUGACAACUGAACACGUUUUAUCGACAAGUGCAACUAAUGAAACUCCUGAUACAGUUGGUGAGGGAUUCACUGAAGAAGAUGACCGUCGUCGAUCUCUUACAAAUGAGCUGUACAUAUCUAUCUCAAUUCUCGUAUUAUUUGGUGUGAUGGUGCUGGUGCUUGCACCUGCUACACUCUGCUUGUGUGUCAAGAGGAGGAGACAAGGAGCAACUGUCAGAAGCCUUAGGCCUGAUCUGGAGAGAGUUCGUCCCGCUAACCUACAGAGGCGGUCUGCAACCAUGCCAGUGGUUGCCUCUGACUACCUCGUCCCUCAACCUUUUCUCGUGGUUGCUCCAGAACAGCUGCAGACUAUUCGAGUAACUCAACAACCUGCAAAUCGGUACAGCUGUGAAACAUCACUAGGACACGAGUACGAAGAUGUGCAAUAUGCUGUCAGUAACAACAGCUCAAAACACGAUUACUCUAACUUAACCGAUUCUUCAGUUUUCAUGAAGAAAAAUGAGGCUUACAGCGUGUGUUCAAAAAUCGACAGUCAAAGAGGGAUAACAAGGCUGGAGGAACCUCAUUGUAAUGCUGUGAUUAUAUCCAAUCCACUGUAUGUAAGGACAACAUCACAAGAAGAGAGGAUGAGUGAUGACUCUGAUGAGUACGUGGAUCCUACUGACUGCUCAUAUCUUUGAUGAGUGAACCGAACACUUAUUGUUUAUUUGGACAUUCAGCAGUCAUGUUUACUUUGCACUCCCAUUACCUACACUUUACUUAAUAUGGUUUCUGUUUAGGUACUAGUCCCACGUACGUUCGCAUGUGCUUGCACAUGCUGGUCGUGUCUAAUAUAAUUAUAAUUAUUAUACAUGUAAGUAUUAUUUAUUUAUUAAUCUUAGAAUUAGAGUAAUACUUAACCUAAUUUGUGAUAUGAUCCUUUCAAGUCUUUAAUUAUAAUUUGUACAUAAUCA